AUGAACAAGUUGGUGAUUUUGGGACUUCUGGCGGCGUCCGCGAUGGCUGUGCCCGCACCAGAAUCUAACCACGCGCAGACGAACAGGGAUCUCGAUUGCCUCGAGCAAGAGAACGCGCUGUUCAGCUGCAUCUUCGUGAAGACCGUCAGCACCCUGGACAGGGCUGCCAGGUCCAGCGACAUCGACAUCGUCGACGGCGUGAAGUUCGUGCGGGAUACGCCGAUGGAACGCAGCGGAAAAGAUCUGAGGGCCGAGAUGGACAUAAUGAACGAGCUGCCGAACGACACGUCCGAUAGGGCAAUGAAGCUGAUCAGCAUGCUGUACGAGUCCGCGAUGUCCUUCAUGAAGUCCCACAGCUUGAAGUUGAGCAUGCCCGAGGACGGAUCGAUUUCCCGCGCUCUCAGCGAAGGUCGUGGUAAGAUCAAGAAGAUGAUCCUGCCCCUGAUCGCCGUCGUGGGACUGAAGCUGUUCGCUCUGGUGCCCAUCCUCCUCGGAGGUUUAGGCCUCCUGGUGUUGAAGGCUCUGUUCGUUGGCAAAAUGGCGCUCCUAUUGGCCGGUGUGUUGGGUUUCCAAAAGCUGUUCGGCAGCAACGGCUCUGGACCCGGUGGUUUCUUCAGCAAGAACGCCCAACAGACACCCGCGUGGCUGGACAAUACUGGCCAAGCCUGGUCAGCCGGUUCAGCAACCGGAGUUCAAUCUCAAGGCUACUAUAAGCGAAGCUUCGACAUCGACGAUGGAAAGGACGCCCAGUCGAUGGCGUACUCUGCUCAGGUACCGAGCAUGAACGAAGCCCAUUAG